UCUGAAGAUGUCUCUUUCGUCUGAACAGAAUUUACCACCAAAUCUUGUAUGUCUUAAAAAUGUCGAUAAUCUUCUUCGAUGUCCCAUCUGCUUUGAUUACCUGAACAUUUCAAUGAUGGCUCAACAGUGCUCUCACACUUUUUGCUCACUGUGUAUUCGGAAGUUCCUAUCCUACAAAUCGCAGUGCCCCGUGUGUAACGUAGCCAUCACAGAAUUGGAUUUAAGGAACAACAGGAUUCUGGAUGAUAUCGUCAGGAGCUUCAAAGCAUCAAGGCAGCAGUUGUCGCAAAUGAGUUUCGAUUCGCCACCCACCCCCUCAAACACCCCUUCUUCCUCCGCAACAUAUCAAAGGGGUCCAAAGAGGGAAGGCACACUCUUAAGUCACUUCCUGCAGAGGGGGUCCUCCAGUUCUCUGACACAAGAACCUAAACCACCGCCUGCUUGCGCGGUCAAGGAGCCUGCGGCCCCAGAACCGCCGCAUGUGAUGGUUGGGGCUGUGGAUGAGAGCCACACACCGGCCGCUGCACAGUCGUCAAGCUCCCCCCCGUCCACAUCGGGGGAAGUGAAUUCAGUUGUGAAAGUGGAGUGUCCAGUGUGCUCAGUGGCUGUUUCACAGCCGUACAUCAACAAACACCUCGACAGUUGCCUGGCGGGACCUGAGAAAAAGGAAAAUGUGAGGAGGUAUGCUCAGCUUAAAGGCUUUCGGCUGUCCCUUUUUUACAGUUCCCUUGGGAAAAGGAAGCCGUUGGCUAAGGUGGUGUAUACCCUGCUUUCCAUGCAAGAACUGAAGAGGAGAUUGAAGGAAUUCCACCUCUCUACCCAGGGCUCCCGGGAACAGCUCGUUAGGAGGCACCAGGAUUUUGUGCACAUGUACAAUGCACAGUGUGACUCCUUGGUUCCCAAAUCAGCGGAAGACAUAGCAAAAGAGGUUGAGAAGAUGGAGAAGACUCGAAGUCAGAUGGAGUCUAAAUCUAAAUGUCCAGUGUUCUCUUCAAAAAGCCAGACUGAAGAAGAAACUGAAGCGGUGAAUUCAAACUACCGAAAGGAGCACAGUGAUGAGUUUUCCCGCCUGGUUGCUCAGGUCAAAAGUCGAUGGAAGGUGUCCAGAAGAGCACAAAUUGACCUGGAGGUGAAAGAGAAAGGAGAUGACCACAAAGAGUGCGCAUCAGGAACAUCAAGUAAAGAUGUCAUCAGUGGUACAAAGAUGUUGGCAUCGGAGAUAUCACCAGACGUGGCUUCAGAAGAGACUGUUCUGAAACCAGAGAUCAUUCAGAGGUCGCCAGGAGCUCCCACUGAUAACUCUGUCAGCAGGAAUAUGGACAACACACCCCGUGGGAAACGGAAAGCCUUCUGUUCCAGCGAAGAUUUGACCCAGGAUGCAAGAAGCUGCAAACAAGCACGACAGAGAUGA